UGUGCCGCCCGAUUGGCUGUGGCGGCCCGGCCCGGUAUCCGGGUAAGAUGGCCGCGGUAGGAGAGUGCUCGGUCUCUGUUCCGUGGAAGUCGGUUUCCCUCACUCACGUCGAGUACCCAGAAGGGUAUAUAACGCCAGUGGGAGCCAGUAAGCUGCUGAAUGCUUCUUAAUGGAAACUGCAAGAAGGGUGACUUCACCGGAUUUAUUCUCGCCCAAGCAAGCCUGAGCCCAAUUUUCAUCAUAUUCGGCUUCAUCACACUGAUCGUUUUCAAGAGAGAGCUUCACACGAUCUCUUUCUUGGGGGGCCUCUUGCUCAAUGAAGGUGUGAAUUGGCUAAUAAAGAAUAUUAUCCAGGAGCCUCGCCCUUGUGCAGAAAUCCACACAUCGGUUUUUUCCAAGUACGCGAUGCCUUCCAGCCAUUCCCAGUUCAUCUGGUUCUUCUCCAUUUACUCCUUUCUCUUCCUCUAUUUAAGAAUGCAUCAAACAAACAAUGCAAGGUUCCUGGACUUAUUGUGGAGACAUGUGCUCUCCAUCUGCCUCUUAACCGUGGCCUUUCUCGUCUCCUAUAGUAGGGUCUAUCUGAUGUACCACACCUGGAGCCAAGUUGUAUAUGGAGGGAUUGUGGGGAGCAUCAUGGCGAUAGUUUGGUUUGCAUUCACACAAGAGAUCUUAACACCAUUGUUCCCAAGGAUAGCUGCAUGGCCAUUAUCAGAGUUUUUCUUAAUCAGAGACACCAGUCUCAUCCCAAAUAUAUUAUGGUUCGAGUACACAGUGACCAGAGCAGAAGCCAGGAACCGACAGCGUAAGCUGGGUACAAAGCUCCAGUGAAUAUGGAAGGGAGAUGUUAGGAACUGGACUGCACGAAUUCUGUAAGACAAAAAAUAAAAAUAAAAAUAAAAAAGCAAGGGCCAGCGUUAGAGAGAGAAAGAGACCUGUACAGAGCUGGAAGUGAAGGAAGGAGCCUGUUAAGAGAUGGACCAAAA